AGGACGCCGUCCACUUGCUGCUCUGAAUGCUCCUUGCCCAUAGGAGUAACUUGCCCCUCAGCUUGGACAAGGGUGGAGGCUUGAAACCAAAGCGCACACUGGGUACAGAAAAAAGCCAAAUUUGGCUGAAGGGCACGGAGAUAAGCUCAGAGAGGAAUGACUGGAUGUGGGGCCCCCAGGCAAGACUAGCCAGCCACCCGUACUUUAUCAGAUUAAACCACAGGUUCUGUUAUGGGGCGACUUGAUGGGAAGGUCAUCGUUCUGACAGCGGCUGCUCAGGGGAUCGGCCAGGCAGCUGCCUUAGCUUUUGCAAGAGAAGGUGCCAAAGUCAUAGCCACAGAUAUCAAUGAGUCCAAACUUCAGGAGCUGGAAAAAUACCCGGGUAUUCAAACCCGGGUUCUUGAUGUCACAAAGAAGAAACAAAUUGAUCAGUUCGCCAAUGACGUUGAGAGACUUGACGUUCUCUUUAAUGUUGCUGGGAAACUUGGUGAGAUUUUGGACAGAAUUUUGAUUACAAGUAAGGUUCAGCAAGUGAGACAGCCAUGGAUGUUGGUGUGGACGUGGGGCCUCAAGGCGGAUGAAGCCACUCGAGGCAGCCGCUUUGUCCAUCACGGGACCAUCCUGGACUGUGAGGAGAAGGAUUGGGACUUCUCAAUGAAUCUCAACGUCCGCAGCAUGUACCUGAUGAUCAAGGCGUUUCUUCCUAAAAUGCUAGCCCAGAAAUCUGGCAACAUUAUCAACAUGUCCUCUGUGGCUUCCAGCAUCAAAGGAGUUGUGAACAGGUGUGUGUACAGCACAACCAAGGCAGCUGUGAUUGGCCUCACGAAGUCCGUGGCCGCAGACUUCAUCCAGCAGGGUAUCCGCUGUAACUGUGUGUGUCCAGGAACAGUUGAUACCCCAUCUCUGCAAGAAAGAAUACAAGCCAGACCAAAUCCUGAAGAGGCACUGAGCGAUUUCCUGAAGAGACAGAAAACAGGAAGAUUUGCAACCGCAGAAGAAAUAGCCCUGCUCUGCGUGUACUUGGCCUCUGAUGAAUCUGCCUACGUAACAGGCAAUCCUGUCAUCAUUGAUGGAGGCUGGAGCUUGUGACUGCAGGCUCUCCUUGCUGGGAAGGCAGGCCCUUCCUGUCCACGGUGAAGAAAACUCCCCCAGCCUCUCUUCCUAGUAAUGGCAUAUUCGUGAAAACAAAACCUUUUUGAUGAUGUCAUUAUUCACAAGAGUGUGAUUCUUUAAAUAUAUUCAUUUCUUUCUAAUCUCUUCUGAAAUCAUAGGAGAUAGGUGAGAUAAUGAGCUCGCUGCAAAAAGAAUAGUUUUUAAAAUAAAUCUCAAUUUGUAAGCAAUAUAUAAUUAAAAUAUGACUAUGAAGCAAAGGUUUUUAAAGACAUUCAUCUCUAUUUUAUUUCCGUUUCCCAACAUUCACAUAUUUUUGUACAAUUCUACACCUGUACGUGGAUACUGGUUUUAACAUUUGGCACCAUUAUAAAUGAACACCAAAGGUAAGGAGUUUGGCUUCAGUAACUUACACUUAAAGGAGUUUAGGUUCAGAACUAUAUACUGUUGAUCUGUUAUGUAAAAGGAAAAUAAUCAUCAGGUGUUUAUACUUCAUGGAUGUCAUCUCUUAUGAUUAAGUACUUUUUUAGUUUAAAAAAUCUUUAUCAAAAUAAGCAAUAUUUGACAUGGGCAUAAGAAACAUGUAGUAAACUGACUUGCAGUAUUGUCAGCUUGAGGGGUCUUUUCAGUUUAAGCAUAGAUUUCCUCCCCAAAUUCCAAGAUACCAGACAAGAGAACAUGAAAUCUAGAAAUAGUCUCUGGAUGAAUAAAUAUAAAUGAACCAUAUGACAGGAAACCAAUUAAGAAAAUAGAAGUUCAAUAAAAAAUUUAAAUUCAUGGAAGAUAAUUCCAUAACAGAUCACUAGGGAGAAGUUUUAUCUUGUUUUUUUAGUUUUAUGGUAUUAUGUUUGUUUUUUAUUUGUUGUCACCUCAAAAGACCAAAUAGUAUGAUAAAUAUAGAUACUUGGUAAGAGUAAAGAUCCUUAAUCUUUUCUCUUAGAACUGUAAUUAGUAUUAACAAGGACAAUUUUGAAGAGGACAAUGAAAGGUUAAUGUUUUAUGUAUGAGAAAGAACAUGCAGGUGAUGAAGGUGAGUUAAAACUGACAACAAAGGAUAUUUUGACUAGCAUUGCUGAAGAGUCCAUUGAUUAUAAAUUCGCUCUAGGGUUCUGGACCUGGUGUUCCACUACUGGAUCACACAUAGCUUGGCUUUUGACCUAGACUCCAAGGCAUGCACUUUGUCUUGGAUUUUAGCUUUUUGCUUUGUAAAAUCUGGGAGUUGGGCUGAAUGGCUUGGGUUCCUUUUGAUGUAGGAUAGUCAAAAUGCUGUAACUUCUUAUCAAGUGAAGCAAUGGAACAUUGAAGCUUUUAAGUAUGUCACGAAGUACUUUAUGCUGUAAGUAUGUAAUGUAUAUGUAAAGCUAUGAACAGAUGAGUUCUAAAUAAACACAUCAUGAAUACUGCAAAA